UUAUAAUAGCAACAUUCUAAACAUGUCGGACUACCGUGGUUUAGGUUUAUUAUUCUGACAAAGUUUCAGUAUUAGGGAUUUUCUUUAUUCCUGACGUCUUAGGUGAAAAUAUCUUGACGUCGCAUGUAAUUGCAAAACCUAACCUAGAUAAUCGCGACAAUGGUUAAAAAAAAGAGACAAAGCGAGCCUACCGAAAAUGGGGACGACUCGACGGAGUCUUGCGACGAAAUUGUAAAGUCCGCAUGUCAUCAUGUAGCCAAAGCAGUAGACCUUACGCGUCUGAAGAAGUCUUUAAAGACAGGAGGUUUUGAAAAAGAAUGCUCGGAAUGCAAAAAAAGCCUGAGUACGGAAGUGAUCGACCCAAAUUACGAGGAAGACCUAUCAUUAUGGAUGUGCCUGCGCUGCGGGACACAACUGUGCGGUCGAACUCGCAACAAGCACGCCCUGAACCAUUUCAACACUCCUCACUCUGACUGCCACGCCAUCACAACUAAUACCACAACUUGGGAGAUAUACUGCUACAAUUGUAAUAAUGAAGUCACGUCUACGAGCUCCAAAAAACUUCAUGAAUGUAUAGAAUAUUUGAAAAAGCAAGCCUCCAGUAAUCCAAAACUACCACCAAUAGAACUGCCCUUCAUUCAAGGACCAAAUCCGUUAGAACUUACAAUGCCAUUAGAAACUACAUCUAGAAAUGAUAAAGGUAAAGAUAAGGCGAUGGCUUUGAAUUUACCUCGUGUGAGGGGCCUCAGCAAUCUAGGAAAUACAUGUUUUUUCAAUUCUGUCAUGCAAUGUUUAGUGCAGACACCAUAUUUAUUAAAUGUCUUAAAAGAGAUGGCUACACCAGGAGAAAAGUUUACGUUGCCAGGAGGUAAAUUGAAAAUUAAGUCGGACCAAAAUGAUGAUGAGGGCAAAGAAGUGGACCUCCCUCCAAUAACUGGGCAGCUGUCUGAGUGGGGGACUCUGACAAGGACCUUAGCAGAAACAUUAGAAGAACUACAAACAGGUGAAGGCGGUGUGUAUACUCCUAGAAAACUGCUCUCUGCUCUUGUCAGUAAGCUACCUCAAUUUGGUGGAGGCGAUCAGCAUGACGCUCACGAGUUAUUAAGACAUUUGCUUGAAGCUGUGAGGUCUGAAGACCUACGUCGCUACCAGUCAGUGAUACUGAGCAGUUUGGGAGUUAGUUCAAAGGUUGAUCCGGCUAAAGUCGAUGGGGAAGUGAAGCAAAAGGUUAAAUUUUAUGGACAGCAAGCCUCGGAUACAAUGCUCAGACCAGAACAGGUAUUCCGUGGCUUCCUAGUGUCGACACUCGAGUGCCAAGAAUGCUUCCACCAGUCGGACCGUACAGAAUACUUUCUCGAUCUCUCCCUGCCUGUUGCAGCAUCACGUCCUCAGCCACCGGCCUUAGUUAGGAGGAAAACACCUAAUGACGAUAACAAUAUAUACAAUAAUCAAGAGGAGACCAAAACUUCGAAACACCAGCAGAAGAAAGAACGAAUUGCUGCUAGAAAAGCCGCUAGGAAAAAAGGCAAUUCCAAUUCCAAAGAUAACGCUGUCGAUGCAACAAACGGUUCGAAAGACGAGGGUAAGUCGUCCUCGGAGCAAUCGGACGCGGACGUGGAGGACAAUCUGGAGGAGCCUCCGCGCCGGGCCGACACUCACACCGCCUCCAUCGGCUCGCAGGCCGUCGCUCACACCGCCGCCAACUUCGCGGCCUACCACAUGGAGUCCGGCUACAACUCCGAUAAGAUAGUCAGCUCCGACUCCAUCCGGACCAGCCCCGUCGACCUCGACAAGGAGAAGACGGACGACACCCCCGAGACGACCGACAAGGACAAGGAGUUCGCGGACGUCGCCACCUCGACCACCGCUGUGCCGCUCGAGUAUAAGUCCCCCGCGCCCCUGGAGACCUUCUCCAACCCGGACUCCGGGGUGGCGAGUCCCGAAGCGACAAAGCACAACUCCACAGAGACAGUGGAUAAUCUGUCGCCCGUCAGGAGCGACUUCGAGAGGCCAGUCUCUCGAAUAUCCUUCGCCCCGGAGUACUCCAACGAGGUGGUCUCGCGCGGUAUAAGCGAGCGAGCCGGACGCGACCUGUUCGAAAGCGGCUGGGAGUUCGGAGGAGCUCCACCCGAGGACAACGCAUACGACGAUUUGAACCAGGACGUUACCGACAAGCUGGAGAAGCUCAAGCUCGACGCGGACGAGCCCCGGCCCAAGCCCGCGCCGCCCGCCCCGCGCGCCCGCGAGCCGCCGCCCGCCCGCCCCAGCCCGCCCUCGCCCCGCUACGUCUGCGACGAGGACGAGUGCAGCGUGCAGUCCUGUCUCGGCCAGUUCACGGCCCUCGAACUGCUCACCGGCAACAACAAGGUCGGCUGCGAGACCUGCACGGAGAGGCUCAACGGCAAAAACGGCAAAACCGUGUACACGAACGCGACGAAGCGCUUCCUAGUGUCGAGCCCGCCGCCCGUGCUCAUCCUGCACCUGAAGCGCUUCCAGCUGGGCCCGCGCUGCAUGUUCCGCAAGAUGUCGAAGCACGUGGACUUCCCCGCGCUGCUGGACCUGGCGCCCUUCUGCGCCGCGGCGCGCGGCGGGCCGCUGUACGCGCUGUACGGCGUGGUGGAGCACUCGGGCGGCAUGCACGGCGGCCACUACGUCGCCUACGUCAAGCUGCGGCCCGGAGCGCGCCGCCGCUUCCUGCCCCCGCCCGCCCCGGGCCGCCCGCCCGCCCCGACUCCGACUCCGAGCUGUCGGGCUACGAGUCGGGCGACGGCGCGGCGCGCGUGCCCCGCGGCCGCUGGUUCUACGUGUCCGACAGCCUGGUGUCGGAGGUCACCGAGGACAAGGUGCUGCGCGCGCAGGCCUACCUGCUGUUCUACGAGCGCGUGCAGUGAGCGCUAGUGUUUACAGUGUGCAGUGAAUGAGGACGCUUUUUUACUAACGGAGUGUGUGGCCGGUCCGGUCGUGUAUCGAUGAACCUAUUGCUAUGUAUACGUCUAUAGUGUAUCAAUGGUUGUCCUAUCGAAUGCGUUACAUA